UCAGAGAAGGCCACAGGACCCAGAUUUUCAGGGAGUCAAGCUACAAUGGCAGCCCAGUACCAUGGUGUGGAGUCCAUCCUGGGACAGUCAAGAACUAGCCAUGAUCUUGGGAAACAAGAUGAAGGAAAUCCCCAACUCAGAAUUGUCCUCCUGGGAAAAACUGGGGCAGGAAAGAGUGCAACCGGAAACAGCAUUCUUGGAAAGAAAGUGUUUUCUUCUGGCAUUUGUGCAAAAUCCAUAACCAAGGUGUGUGAGAAAAGGGUGAGCACCUGGAAAGGGAGAGAGCUUGUUGUUGUGGAUACACCUGGUGUUUUUGACACUGAGGUCCCAGAGGCUGCCACAAGAAAGGAGAUUACUCGCUGUGUUGCCCUGACCUCCCCAGGGCCUCAUGCUCUGCUCCUGGUGGUCCCAUUGGGGCGUUACACUGUGGAAGAACAUAAGGCCACACAGAAGAUUCUGAGCAUGUUUGGAAAGAAGGCUAGAAGAUUCAUGAUUCUCCUGCUCACCAGGAAGGAUGACUUGGAAGGCACUGAUAUCCAUGAGUACUUAGACACAGCUCCCAGAAGCAUUCAAGAGCUGAUCCAUGAGUUUGAGAAUCGAUACUGUUUGUUCAACAACAAAGCCUUAAGAGCUGAACAAGAAGGCCAGAGGACAGAACUGUUGAACUUGGUCCAGAGCAUGGUGAGGGAAAAUGGUGGAAGAUGCUUUACCAACAAGAUGUAUGAAACUGCUGAGGAUGUGAUUCAGAAACAGACCCUGGAAAUGCAAGAACGGUACAAAAAGGAGCUGGAGAGAGAGCUCGCACAGAUAAGAAGGGAGUAUGAAGAACAGAUUAGAGACCUGGAAGAUAAAUUGGAGAGGGAAAGGAGAAAGGCAUGUAUGGAGCGGGAAUUCACCAGAACAGAAUUUGCCUUUGCAGAGCGACAAGAAAAUGCUAGGAGCGAAGUUGAGAAUGGAAAUAUGAUACUUGAAUUAAUUGUAAAAGCAUGGGAGGUAGCUUCCUUUCUCUUCAGUCAGUUUAUGCAAGACUAGAUCUGCUCUGUAAGAGUAGACCUUAGCUGUAUUUUCUGCAUUUUUCCAUGACAACCCUGCUUUACAGAACUUACUCCUCAAUAUCCAAAUGCUGUAGUUUCUGUCUUCCAGGACUAAGGAAUGAAGGAAAUGUUGCAAUUGGCAGUUGUUAAUUGUUCAGUCGACUCACAAGAAAGUGACCAAUCCUCAGUUUGUGAAACUCCAAGCAGAAUGGAUCAUUGCUUAUACUGCUUUGUUCUCUUUCUCAGAGGAAGCUACCCAGGAGAUCAAAGAAAAGAGGGUGAGAUGUACCCAGGCAUCCUUUUCUGGAUUCUCAAGAGUAAUCUUCACCUGAAGCGUCUAGACACCUAUAUUCAUCUUUUGGAUGGCUAUCUUUUAUGUUUUACUAGAAAGUUCAUUUCUUUGCAUGAGGUAAUGUUUAGACAGCAAUAGAUGGCUGUACCAUUCUCAAUGAAAGUCAGUUUGCUUAAUUACAUUUUAAUUAAUGGCCUUAAAUUGUUCUCUACCUGCUUUUUGAAGGCAAAGCAAAUGUUAAAAGUCAACUGAUCCAGGGUGAGUACAAAUAGCCAUCCAGUAGGUGACGACGCAGUGACUGGUAUGUUUGGGUAUGCCUCUAGGAGCUCUCUCAGCCUUUUAACCAGUUUGGUGAACAGACAGGUCUGUCCUUGAGAAAUGAUCUGGCUGUUGCAAAGUCUACCCUGAGCCCCCAUACACCCAGCCUUUACUGCUUCUGUCCCACUGAGCUAAUUUUCUUGCUGCUGUUAUAAUAAACUUUUCAUUGCCUCAUACA